AUGUCGGCCAUCGCGAAGGAGUUCAAGGGGCUCACGGCAAUGAAUGUCCUGGCGUGGCACCGCCCCGUCGCGUCUGGCACUAUUUUUGCCUCUCUUUUCACCAUAUGGGCUGUCUUUGUCUUCGCCGAGUACACCCUGACAACGUUUGUGUCUCGCAUCGUUUCCAUUACCCUCAUCGUUGGUGCCGCCGCUGCCCUGACGAAGCGCACCAUCGUGGCCUCGCCCGAGGAUGUGACCGCUAGCAUGGACCGUGUUUACGAGUGUGUGCGUCCGUCCGUGACCAAGGCGGUGGACUGCAUGGUCUGUCUCCUCACGUGGCGGGACUACACGACGUCUGCCAAGCUCUUUGCGUGUACCUUCGUGACAGCCUUUCUGGGCAACUGGAUGAGCGACACGACACUGCUGCUGGUUGUCCUUCUUGUUGCCUUCACAGCCCCAGUGGCGUACGAGAAGAAGCAGAAGGAAAUUGAGCACGCAAUGAAGCAGGCGCAGGUCUACGUUGACAAGUACGUCAGCAUGAUCAAGACACACGCGGUGUCGAAGAAACAAACGGUGGAGCAGCAGCUGCAGGAUAUGGAACGCAAGGCACAGUAG